AAGAAAGCAGUGGAAAGAAGAAAUAUGAGUAAGGCUUCAUCAAGGUCCAGUCCGGCACGCAGCACAGGUUGUAAGAGACUUGUGAGCAAGAAUAUACUUGAUGUUUGCUCCUACGCGAAGUGUCAGAGAAGCUGAAGUGUAUCUGGAGAAUGCCAAGAAGCUGUAGCAUUCUCAGUACUGUGCUGCAGAGGACGUUGGGAUCUUGCCUCUUCUGAUGUCAAAAGCUUCCAGUGCUGAAAUGAGACUGGAAAGGAGCACAUCAUUAAAGCACAAGAGGAAGCAAACGUCUCUAUUGCGCUCUCCCACCUACAUCUGGCCUUGUGCUGUCUGUACUUGGAGCCGGACCCCUUCUGUGCAGUCAGUGGUGUGUCCCUGACAACUGCUCCUGGAUUCCCCCUCCUUAGCUGGCACAGUGCGUGCAUUCCCCACACAUCUUGUGUAUGAAGCUCUGGGCAAGUGGAGAAUCACAGGCUGUCCUGUCACAGAAAGACAACUUGAGUUUCCUUUCCAUGGUGUUACUAGGGAGUACAUGAAGAUGUGCUGUGUUUAUAGUUUGGUAUAAGGCCUGCAUAUUCUGUGCCUACACUUAAAGUUGCUUGUUGGAGUUGGAGUAAUCAAGCUCAUGUGUCUGGUGUGCUCUACUAAUUUAACCUGCUAAAUUUCCAAAAUGGAAGAGAAAGUGAAAUUAGCAAGACAUCUACCACCAAAAACACAGAAUGAGUAGCUGCAGUUCAAGUCUUUUGUACGUGCUGCACUUACCUGCACAGGGCCAAAUGCACUUGCAGAGACCAGCACGUGGGCAUCGGCCCAGGAAAUGCAUUGGGCACACAGGUGGGGGUUCCUGUUGCAGAUGUACUCAGUGCUGGCAUGAGGACCCCAGGAAAUGCAAGGACCCCUGCAAGGAUGUGAGCAGCACACCCAUCUUUGGCCUCUGCAGAGAGCCGUAUGCCUACGGAGAUGGCCGGGACGCCAGGCGUGACCGCUCCCCUCUCCGCGGGAGCCCCCGGAGAGACCCCAGGGAUGGCAGAAACGGGCGAGAGUCCAGAGACGCUCGGGACAUUCGAGCCAGAGACAUGCGUGAUGCCAGAGACCACAGGGACCCGCGGGACAUGCGAGACCCACGGGAUAUGCGGGAUCCCAGGGACUUGCGGGACCCUCGUGACAUCAGAGAUCUUCGUGACCCGCGGGAGCCGCUCUACGAUCGGUACAGGGACCCGCGGGACAUGAGGGAUCCGCGAGAUGUGAGGGAUCCACGGGAUAUGAGAGACCCUCGGGACCCUUUGUACAGACGAGACGAAGCCUACGACCGGUACCUUCGCCUGGAGGACUACUAUCGGCGCAAGGACGACUCCUACUAUGACCGGUACAAGGAACACUUUGACAGAGCCCCAGGGGGUUCAGAAGAGCGGCUGAAGCGCGAGGAGCGGCGCCGGGAGGAGCUGUACCGGCAGUACUACGAGGAGAUCAAGAGACGCUUUGAUGCAGAGAGACCUGUGGAUUGUUCUGUCAUAGUGGUGAAUAAACAGACCAAGGAGUAUGCGGAGUCAGUGGGGCGGAAGGUGCGGGAUCUGGGCAUGGUAGUGGACCUGAUCUUCCUCAACACAGAGAUGUCACUGACGCAAGCCCUGGACGAUGUGAGCAGAGGAGGGUCUCCUUUUGCCAUUGUCAUCACCCAGCAGCAUCAAGUUCACCACUCUUGCACUGUUAACAUCAUGUUUGGCACCCCACAAGAGCACCGGAACAUGCCCCAGGACGAUGCCAUGAUGCUGGUGGCGCGGAAUUACGAGCGCUACAAGACUGAGUCUCGGGAGAAGGAGCGUGAGGAGAUCGCCCGGCAGGCGGCCAAGAUGGCAGAUGAGGCCGUUCUGCAGGAGCGGGAGCGCCCACCCCCCAUGGAGGAGGGGGUCAGGGGAGGGCACCCCCCGGGCAUUCAGACGCUGCUGAACCUGCUGGCAGACAAUCGCUAUCUCACUGCCGAGGAGACCGAUAAAGUCAUCAACUACUUGAGGGAGCGGAAGGAACGGUUACUGAGGGGAAGCACCGACUCUCUGCAGGCAUCCAUGUCCAGACAGCCUUUGGGGGCACCUUCAGGAUCAUCCCUGGGUAGUCAGUCCAGCCUUCCAAGCUCUCAGGCUCAUCAGGGUUCCCAGCCUCUGGUCUCUGCUCCUUCUGUCCCAGUGUCCUCUUCUAAUCCUCAACAGGAGCUUCAAGCAAAAAUCCUCAGUCUCUUCAACAGCGGGGCAGCAGCGGCUGUGGUGGCAAACAGCAGCUCUGCAGCCCCAGCAGGCACCUCGGGCAGCACUCCUGGCCAGAACUUUGCCAACAUGGCCAGUGGGCAGGCCCGACCAGCACAGAUGAGCGCUGGAAAUCUGAACCAGGCUCAGCAGAGAUUGCAGACUCCAAGCACGCAGCUUCCUGCUCUCCAAGGCCCGUCCAGAAAUGUGGGUCCAAGACCUGGAGCUCCUCCACAGGCUCAGUCCCUGUAUGGUCAGCACCAGAACCGCCUCCCUGCGCCUGGCAAUGUCCCUGCUCAAAGGCCAGUAUCUUCUGGUAUCAACUUUGACAACCCUAGUGUACAGAAAGCCUUGGACACCCUUAUCCAGAGUGGUCCUGCACUCUCCCACCUGGUGAGCCAAACGGUGGCCCAGGGGCGAGCGGGGUCCUCAGCCCAGCAGCCUCUGGGUUCCUACCAGCGGCACUAUUAGCGUGGAGCUGCCGGCCCUUUUCCCCUCCCUCCGCCAUUCCGCACUUAGAGCUGUUUAAAGAGUCUCCUGGACCUGGGGCAGAGCCCUGGGCCUGCAUGUCCCCUCGCUGCGGCGAGAGGUGCCCGGUGGCGCUGCCCCUGCUCUGCUCAGCCCGGUCACGGCGCUGGGGCCGUUUCCUCAGCCGCACGACGUGCUGCGGGCUGCUGGGAUAAUGGUCUGUUUUGUCCAGUCCCAGAAGCUGCUGCAAUGACAGUUCUGCGUUUCCUCACUCCCAGUAGCUGGUGCAUCUUCACACUGUGGUGCAGCCAGUGCCACUGACUGGCCCUGGUGUAGUAUUGGGUCGUGGCUUUGAGGAAGCAGGGGACUGAGCAGAGCAGUGCGCUGACUGGGCCUCCUCAGAGACCCACCUGGUGGGAACAGGCACUACUUUUCUUUGAAUUCCUUUUUAAUUUCUUUUUCUAAUGGCAUAUAAGGCACUUGGGGAGUACAGUGCUAGCAUCUGGAGACACGAAGCACGAGCCUGGCAGUGCCCGCAGCCAUGCUGUUGUUCUGGGCAGAGCAGCUCCCGCUGCCAUGGGAGCUUUGGGCUGGGUGCUGUGGCAGAUCUGAAACACGAGAGCUUCCAGGCAAGACAGAGAUUCAAAGUGGUUUGUCAGUUUUCCUACACCAAGUAGUCAGCAUUAAGAUCAGCCAGUUAAAUUUGGCACAUAAAUUUCAUUUUCUUACAAUUGAGAUUUGGGGUAGUUGGUUGCUGCAGCCCAAGAGCACAGAUGCAGCCAGGCUGAGGUGCUGCUGGCCCUCCUUUGGCAGUGCCUGCAGUCAGGUUACAGCCAGUGAAGGUCUGUCAGUGAAACUCGUCUCACUCUGGGUGGGUGUUUGUUCACCCAAGGUGCAGGGGCAAGGCCAAAAUGCAAUACCCUCAUUUUAUACAUUUUUUCAACACUUUGGUAGCUGCAGCAGGCAGCUGAGUGGGAGGCUGGGCAGUGAUUCUUCACCAUGUUUUUAACCAGUAAUGUACUUUGAUACCAGAACACAAAACAUCUCAGCUCUAUGGUCCUCCCAAUCACAGCCUUCUUGGAGCCUGUCGGCUUCCUGCAGAGCCAAGGCAAGCUGAGGCAGUGCUGUUCCUGGAGCAGGGAAUUGUCUUUGCCCCAGGUGGUUUGUGUUGUAGCAUUUUUUCUCUCUGUGCUGUUAACAAGAGGACAUUACUUUCUAAUAAAAAGGCAGGAAAAA